UCGGGCGGGAGCGGAGCCGGGCGCGGGGGUCCCGGCCCAGGCGGGGCCGCGCUCCCGCCGCCCCGGGCCCAUACGGCCCCAGUGCGGCUGAUUUUUAGGGCCAAAAGUGAAUUUUCCGCCGGUCUCGGAGGCAUCGCCGCCGUGUUCUUCUCUGCAGGUUUUUCGGGGGGGAAUUUGGGGACCGGCCGGUGGCAUCGCCAGCUGGAACGCCUCCUCGGUCCCCCCAAAAUGCCACGGCAGAAAUUGUGACCCCCUCCCGGCUACGGAAUCGCGGGGUGCUCCUGCCCCCUUCCCCGGGCCGGGCUUCUCGGAAAAGACUGCAAUGCUGCGGCUCCCCAGAGGAGUGUCCCGCGCCCCGGGGAGGGGGGGUACCGCCCCCCCCCCCCCCCCCCCCUACCCACCACCACCCGAAGAAGGUCAUGUCAGUGGUGGGCUCCUGUGAUCCGGGGGCUUCCAGCCUGGGCAGCCCCCCGUUAUCCGCAGGCUGUUUCACCCAGGUCUACACGCCGGCGGCUGUCAGCGCCCCCGCUUCUCGGGGCGGAUCUCUCUGUGACACCCCCCAAGGCCCCGAGCUCAGGACCCUCUGUUCAGCCUCGGCGGGACGGCUGCCGGCCAAGAGGAAGCUGGACCUGGAGGGCCCCGAAUUUCGCAUGCCCAAGGGGAAAGGCUGGACACUGGCACAGGUCCCCAGCCCCAGGAGGGGGGUCUCUUGUUUCCCCACAGCCCCCAAGUCUCCCGGGGAGAAGACUCGCUACGACACCUCAUUGGGGCUGCUCACCAAAAAAUUCAUCCAUUUGCUGAACGAGUCUCCUGAUGGUGUUGUGGAUCUGAACCGGGCUGCCGAGGUGCUGGAGGUCCAGAAACGUCGCAUCUACGACAUCACCAACGUACUGGAGGGCAUCCAACUCAUCCGCAAGAAAUCCAAGAACCACAUCCAGUGGAUGGGGACGGGGAUCUUUGAGGAUGCAGCGAUGGUGGCGAAGCAGCAAGUGCUGCAAGGGGAUCUGGCUGAACUGGCUGGGACAGAGAGGAUGCUGGACCGGCUCAUGCAGGACUGUGCCCUGCAGAUCCAGCAGCUGGCUGACAAUGAGACCAACCAGAGGCUGGCAUACGUCACCUACCAGGACCUCUGUGCCAUCAGCAGCUUCCAGGAACAGACGGUGAUUGCCGUGAAGGCUCCCCCUGAAACACAGCUGGAGGUGCCAGAUUUCAGCCAGGAGAACGUCCAGCUCCACCUGAAGAGCACCAAUGGCCCCAUUGAGGUGUACCUCUGCCCAGAAGAGAUCACAGAAGAAAGCCGCACCAAGGAGCACCCUGUUCCCUUUGCUGCCACCUCCCCACGGGACCACCCCGUACCCCUUUCCCCGCCAAACAGCUCCCCACCAGCUAAACAGCCACCCUACCCCAUCUCCCAGAGCUGGGGGGGCACAGGAAGCCCUCUCUCACCCCCAUCUCUGCCUCUUCCCAUCCAGGGGGGACCCAGCUCACUGCUGGAGAUGGAGCCUGGACUCCUGGGUUCCCCUACCCACCUUCUGCAGCAGACGGAGGACCAGCUGCCCUGCACCCCCUCCCACCUGGACUCGGGACCCUUCAUCACCUUCUCACCCGCCCUGGAACAGGAUGACUAUCUCUGGGGGCUUGAGGGCGAGGGUGUCACAGACCUCUUUGAGACAUAUGACCUGGGGGACCUGCUGAAGCACUGAGUGUCCCCCCGCCAGUCAUCAUUUCCUUUGUUCCCUCUGGCCACUUGUGUCCUGAGCGCAUGGGAUCUGUGUGGGGUGACUGGAGAGAUUGGGGAGCACGGGUUUUUCUGAGGAUGGCAGAGAGAGGGGGACUUGUGUUGCUCACCCAGUGUGGCUCUAUGCACUCUCCUGGGUUGGUUGUCACCUCACUGGGCUCUGGGAGUGCCCUGGGAUCCAUCCAGGACUCAUCCCAGCAUGCCCCCAUAAAUCCAUGGGGUACUGAUGCUUCCCACCAUUACCCCACAGUUGGGGGUACCUUUUGAGUGCCCCAGAUGGGUUAGGGGCACCCUUGGGUGGCAGAGAAACCUCUGCCCAGAAUGGUCUGUGUCAUGUUUUGGGGUCACUCCAGUUGUUCCUCAGUUAAACUGGUUCUUCAUGGUCUCAACAGGUCAUUUCCAGUGGCACAUUCCCACCAUGGCUGGAAUAUCCUUAAAAAAACAUUCAGGCAGCAAAACUGAAGUCAUCUUUGGGUGAGGGAAGGAUGAAGCUCACAUGGCUCUGGCAAAUCUCUGGCCAGAACAUGGAGCUGUAUUCUCUGAGGGACUGCAGCCCCUCUGCCCCAGUCCACACCAGUUCCCUCCCUCCAGCCUCUGGGAGCUAUUGGUGCUGGGAGUAUAAAAACUGGAAUGUACAGGGAAGAGGUAUGCCUGGAGGAGGCGAUGACCUGCAAGAGAGGGGCUUGGGAAACAGCUUGGGACAAGCCCUGGGACAUGGGGUAGGAUAGGGAUUUUAAUUGUGCCAUUCCUUGCAAAAUAUCUGUAAUUAUUGCACUGUAUUUAUCUGGGUUCCCCCUUUGGUGUGGGGCUGGGAGGGGUUGGAUUUGUCAGUGGGUGUAUUUAAGUUUUCCUUCCUUGGGUUGUUGGUGCCCCUGUAGAUUGGCUCAAGAGAUGGUGUGGGUGAGAAUAUGUUUUGGCCUGGAAAAAUGUGUGGGACUUUUUCUGCCCAGGAGGGGUUGAAAUAAAAUAUAAUUUUGGAGUUCUAAAA